AUGCGUCGCUAUGCUUCAACCCGGAGAAUCAUGGUAGUCGUGAACUCGGUGUUAAAGCUGUUGCAGAGGCAGACGUACACCUGCCUGUCCCACCGGUAUGGACUCUACCUCUGCUUCGGUGGGCUCGUCCUCAUGAUCGUUUCCGCAUUUCAGUUUGGAGAGGUGGUGGUGGAGUGGAGCCGGGACCAGUACCAUGUGCUGUUUGACUCCUACAGGGAUAAUGUGGGUGGGAAAUCCUUCCAAAGCAGGCUCUGUCUGCCCAUGCCUAUCGAUGUGGUGUACACGUGGGUGAACGGCACAGACGCAGGUCUGCUGAAGGAGCUGAAGACGGUCAAAGAUCAGCUGGAGGAGGAACAAAAAGCUCUGAGGGAACGCCUGGGGAAAAAUGGGAGCGACACGACUGAAGUGCCAAAAGACAGCGAUAAGCCCGAGUGCCUGCUGUCCCGCUGCAUCGUGGCGCCCAUGUUGGCGCUGGAUCCCGCCCUGCCAGCCAACGUUACCAUCAAAGAGCUGCCUGCCAUCUCUCCCUCCUUUUCUGCUGCCAAAGAGCUGCUGCUGAUGAACAAACCCUUCCAGCCGACGCUCGCCGUCUCCGUGGUCGUCUUCCACUCGCAGGCCGACGCUGAUAAAGCUUAUAAAGAUGUUUCUAAAGAAGUCCAGAAGUUCUCCGUUUCCUGGUGUUUACUGACGACAGAUAAAGAGGCUCCGGGUCUUAUCCGCAUGCAGACUUUGGCCUAUCUGAGCGGCUUCCCGGCGUCCUUUAAGGAGACGGAGCAGCUGCGAGUCAAACUGCCCUCGGUCGUAACCGGCAAGAUCAAACAGUUUGAGUUGUACUCGGAGGCCAGCAUCGCUCUGCUCCACCUGAACACCCCUCAGGAUUUUGCUGAUUUGGCCCAGCAGGCUAAAAAGAACCUGACUCUGGAUGGGAAGGAGUUAUCCAUCAGCCCUGCCUACUUGUUUUGGGACAUUACAGCCAUCUCCCAGUCUAAACAGGACGAAGACGUCUCAGCCAGCCGAUUUGAAGACAACGAAGAGCUUCGCUAUUCGCUGCGCUCCAUAGAGAAGCACGCCCCCUGGGUGCGACACAUCUUCAUCGUAACGAACGGACAAAUUCCCUCCUGGCUCAACCUGGACAACCCCCGAGUUUCAGUGGUUACACAUAAGGAUAUCUUCUUGAACCACACCCACCUUCCCACCUUCAGUUCCCCUGCCAUCGAGACCCACAUCCAUCGAGUCCCGGGGCUCUCCCAGAAGUUUAUUUACCUCAACGACGACGUGAUGUUCGGCAAAGACGUAUGGCCCGAUGACUUCUACAGCCACUCGAAGGGGCAGAAGGUGUACCUCACCUGGCCUGUUCCUAACUGUGCAGAGGGCUGUCCAGGAUCCUGGAUCAAAGAUGGCUACUGCGACAAAGCUUGCAACAACUCUGCUUGUGACUGGGAUGGAGGGGACUGCCUCGGUGCAGCAGGGAACAGGUUUCCAGCAGGUGCAGGUGGGAUUGCGCCCGAUGGAGCAGGUGGACAGGUGUGGCAGUUUGGAGGUGGUCUAGGAGGUGCUGGGGGGACCUUAUACUGCAAUCAAGGCUGCGCCAACUCGUGGCUAGCUGAUAAGUUUUGCGACCAGGCCUGUAAUGUUCUCUCCUGCGGCUUUGAUGUGGGCGACUGCGGCCAAGAGCACUUUGGAGAGCUGUACCACGUGACCCUGCUGAGGAACCAGACUCUCUACACUCUCCCUCAGGGCGAGACCAAGCCGUAUUUCAGCUUUGAGAAAGUAGCUCACAGAGUCUCCGAGGCCCACGUCAGUGACAGCCCUGCGGUGCGACACACUUCUGUGGCCAACAAGUGGAAAAGCAUUCACCUGCUACUCCAUCCAGGCCACAACGCCACCCGCAUUCAGUACAACCUCACCUUCCAGAGAGAGGAUGACACGGAGUUCAAAAUGGUCUUUAAUGUCGCUGUGGACACCCGUGAGGUCCCUCAGAGUAACGUUUCCAAGACUUUGAGCAAAGAGGCAGGAAAAGAGUCCGAGCUGACCACGACUCGUGAGCCGGUUUUCCCUUUCUCGGAUGUUCCUGAGGAAAAACGAGGGCCUAAGAUUCACAAGCUUGGCAAACCUGAGGGUAUCAUCCAGGUUCCUUCAGUAAAUGUGUCCCUGCUGCCAGCUGUUGUGCGCAGCGAGCUUCAAAAGUUGGAGGAAAAGCUUCUGAUCGGCGACAUUACUAUGAAGGGUUAUAAUUUCACCAGGGCUGCACUUCUGGAACCGUACAGGUCGCUGUCUGAAAAGCACCCGAACGUUAACUUACAAGCAGGCAGAGCUGAGGAGAAGCCUUACAAAGACUUGGAGGGGGUUCACCAAGAAACGAAGCCUCCCGUGAGAGAUGCCGUUCCAAAGAUCGUUCAAAAACAUCACAACUUGGAUGAAAAAACGAGUGAAAAAGCCGUUUCUGUUGAAAGGAAACUCGUUACUCCUUUCAUCCCCGUCCACAUUGACGAUAAGGUUAAUAAUGUUGUUAGUCCCAAACAGUAUCCUCUGAACGCUGCGAUUGAGAGACCCAUGAUUUCCAAACUUUUAGGCAACUUUUCCCAAAGAAAAGGUGAAGAGAUUCGAGCCCAGUCACUCAGCGGUCCUUUAGUUGGAAGGAAACUCCAGCACUUUACUUCCUCGGAUCGAGGCUUCCUGCCGUGGGAAAGGAGGAAAUAUUUCCAGGCUUUUCUUGAGGAGGUCGAGCGUCUUCAAAAAGAACUGUCCUAUGAGACGGAUGGUACGGCUACCGGGCGAAAGCUGCGAGACACGUUUGCCGACUCGUUGCGUUACGUCAACAAACUGCUCAACAGCCAGUUCGGCUUCACGUCCCGCAAAGUCCCCGCCCACAUGCCCCAUAUGAUCGACCGUCUCAUCAUGCAGGAGCUGCAGGACACAUUCCCAGACGAGUUUGACAAAACGUCGGCCCACCGCGUCCGUCACUCGGAGGACAUGCAGUUUGCCUUUUCGUACUUCUACUUCCUGAUGAGCGCCCAGCAGCAGCUCAACGUCUCGGAGGUGUUUGAUGAGAUUGACACGGACCACUCGGGUAUUUUGUCCGACCGUGAGAUCCGGACUCUCGCCACGAGGAUCCACGAGCUCCCCCUCAGCCUCCAGGACCUGACAGGUCUUGAGCAGAUGUUGAUAAACUGCUCUAAAACACUCCCGACUAACCUGACCCAUCUCCACCUGGUGAGCCCGACUCAGGAAGCCUAUUAUGACCCCAACAUGCCCCCUGUUACAAAAGGCCUCAUCCUUCACUGUAAGUCCAUCACAGAGCGGAUUCACAAAGCCUUUAAAGACCAAAACAAAUACAAGUUUGAGAUAAUGGGGGAGGAGGAGAUAGCUUUCAAAAUGGUGCGGACCAACGUGUCCCACGUGGUCGGCCAGUUGGACGACAUAAGGAAGAAUCCACGGAAGUUCAUCUGUCUGAACGAUAACAUCGACCACAGCCAUAAGGACGCCGCCACAGUAAAGGCGGUGUUGAGAGAUUUCUAUGAAUCCAUGUUCCCACUGCCGUCCCAGUUUGAACUUCCCAGAGAGUACCGCAACAGGUUCCUGCACAUAACAGAGCUCCAGGAGUGGCGGUUAUAUCGAGACAAGCUGAAGUUCUGGACCCACUGCGUCCUCGUGACUCUGGUCGUCUUCACCGUCCUGUCCUUCUUUGCCGAACAGCUGAUUCUGCUGAAGCGAAAGCUGUUCCCCAGACGCAGAGUAAACAGAGACAGCAACCCCGAGCGGGUGUGA